GUCACGUUAAUCAGUUGCAAUGCUUAACUGCAAGAAUUUAGUCUGAAAGAAUUCAAACGACGUAGACGUAAUAUUUUUGUAAAUCCCUCUCAGUAAACAGAGAAUAUAAUUAUUAUAUGACAUAGAUUUCGUGUACCUUAGAAAAUUACUAUUUUUCAUAACCUGAUUAUUUUGUAGCAUAAAAUUUAUAAAUCCUAUUUUCGGUAUAUUAUUAUAAAAGAGAAAUUUUAUCAUCUAUAAAAAUUAUUAUUUGUUUACAACUUAUUAUCAUAUACAUAGGUAUAUAACUGUGACGGUGUAAAAAAAAAGAAAGAGUGUUAGUGCAAACUAGUGCAACCAGUUCAGCCAUAAAGAACAGAUCAAUUGUAUGAUAAAGUUUAGUGACUUCAACUGGUUACACAAAUAAGCUGUACAUAUAGUAGAGGUCAAGUAUGCGUGCAUUUCACAUGAUUUGGGAGUUUUGGUCCGAAUUAUUCUUACCUUAUCUCAGCUUAUAGAGUUUAAUAUUAACAAAAUUAUUUUUCUAACUCAGUUAUAAUUAUUGCUAUAAUGAUGAAUGCACAAAGAUUGUUUUACUAUGUAGUGCUUUUGUUAUUGAAAGUAACAUAUUUUCAUGUUUCGGCCAAACAAAAUUACUUCAUAUCGAAACAAUGGAUAUUAGAAAAUAUGCCGUUUUUACCUAUUAUUUUCGCAAAGUCGGAAUAUUUGCCGGAUGGACGUUGCAAGGAAGAUACGCAGAGAUUGUUAUAUGAUUUACUCAACGGUUCUACUUGGGCUACGCAAAUGUUUGAUUCUUCUACGAAGUAUCCGGAAGGUAUAUUUUAUGGUCACACAAGACACUUGGGAAACUUUGAUGAAUGUUACAAUCUGCAAGUUACUACCGUACAAGAAAACACUAAUACUCGUGAAAUCAAUGGCAAAUAUUGUUUUGUCAAUAUUGAAUAUAAGCGUGAACAUGCGGUAUGUCAGAAAUUAUUAUUCAAUGCCACUCCAAUAUCAGUAUCUAACUACCAGAACGAAACAAGUAAUUCUUUCUGGAAUGUAAUAGAGGUAUAUCAUUUUCACUCUACAGCGAGACAUUAAAAACAAAAUGGAACAAAAUUAUUUAUUGUAUAUAUUUAAUAAUAUUUAAUAUUUAAUAGGAGAUAACCUGCUUAUUAAUAUACAUUUCCUCGAUAAAUUUAAAAACAUUUCCUGUUAAAUAGGAUAACUUGUUUUUCAGUAAUUCUUAAAAGUUAUAUUUUUCUAUUGGAUACGGAAUAUAUUGUAAAACUCAUUGAGCAAUGAAAAGAAGAUACUAAAGAUCAUUAUGUUGUAGAUAUAUACAGGCUAAAAAAAUACGUAUUUUAUUUUAUUCGUUUUAUUUGAAUUAAAAUAUUCAUGAAAA